AUGUCUGCCUCCGACAUCAAAUCUCGGCCUCUAGUUCCUGUCCGGCCCCGUCCUCCUACUUUCAUCAAAACUUCUACUCAUUCUCACAAGUCCCGGCCAUCACUCUCAGAACUUUUCUCCUCGACCUUGUCUUCUCAAAAACGACCUGCUUCUAAAUUACCUCCAACCCCACCUCCAUCACGCUCUUAUUCCUCCACUCUUCCUCUUUCUCUAUCAUCCUCCAAACCAUUUACAGGCCCAUCGUUUGUGACAGCCGAAUGUUCCAAUAACACAAAGUCUCAAAAACUUUUAAUAAGCGCUUUGGGAAAUUCUAAACCCUCCAAUUCUUCCUCUUCUCCUAAAUCUUCAUCUUUACCAACUAUCCCAUCAAAAGCUCCCAGUAGAAUAUCCUCAGAAACUGCACGGAAACUUAAUAUUCUCACACCCUCCCAGAUUCAAAUGCUACUGUUAUCAACCGGCUCUGAUCUUUCUCUUUCAAACUCCAGCUCUUCUCAGCCACAAGAAAAAACAGAUAAUAACGAUAUCUCUUCAGCUCCUUCAAGUAUGCCACUUCAGUGCAAUCCUCCAGCUCCUAAGCUGCUUAGGGACCAAUUUGGCCGCUACUUUUAUUAUUUCCCCAAUAUCAAAGUUUCUCACGAUAACGAACCUUCUACUACUCAGGAAACUUCUUCGUCUUCUUCUUCUUUGGACCAGUCUCACUCUCAAAAGUCUAACUCUAAUUCAGACCUUUUGCUUCCUGAUGCUUUUGAUUCCACCGCUGCGUCUUCAGUUUACUCUUCAACAACAAAAUCCUCUUCUACAUCCUCACUCUCCACAUCAGCAGCUCGGAAAAAGGCCCACCGCCGCGUAUCAGUACUUUCCCAAACUUCGGAAAAAAGAUACAGCACAACUAGUAUCAAAAGCAGCAGCAAAACUGUCAGCGUCUCCAAAACCCAAAAUGCAACAAAACGAAGAAGUAUCAUCUACACACAUACCUACACUGAACAGGUCGAAGAAAGUGUUUUGAAUGAGGAAAAUGCCGAUGCCCAUCUCGAUGAAUAUAGCGACGAUGAAAUUGACAAGCAUGAAAACAAUAACCAACAUAACGUGACAGAGUACCUGCGUUCUAUUAAGCCUCCGCAUGAACUUAUGCGCAGCAAGUCUGCCUCGAUCUCUGCUGGAGGUUCUCUGCAGAAGCAACCCCCUACUAAACCUUUUUUGCCAUCUGCGUCUGCCACUUUUUCUCCUGAAAACCCAUUUGAAAGCAGACCUUCUUCUCAAGCUUCUACUACUUCUUCUACUACUACUUCUUCUUCUUCUUCUUCUUCUUCUUUCUCUUCUUCCUCUAAAAAUAAUUUGUUGCUUCAACGCCCAUCGUCUCCUGUUUCUUCUUCUUCUUCCUCUUCUUCGUUUCCAGUCAUUGCGAAAAGUCUUAUUCCACCGCCGCCCCCGUUGCCGCCCCACCGCGCUGCCCAUCGUCAAGGUUUCGCACAACAAAUGUCUGAAUCAAGUGUCGCCCAAAUUAACACCCGCAGAAGCUUAUCUGCAAACAAUUCUUCUUCUUCUUCUUUCAUCUCCACCUCUUCUUCCUCUUCCUCCUCAUCCUCCUCUCAAAUCCCAGUCUCCAGACCUUACUACAGACCCUCCUCUCGUGGCUCACGUGCAUCUGUCUCUUCUACAGAAUCUAGGAAACGUCAUAGAGCAAUCCGCUAUAGCAUGCUCAAUAAAGACCUUCCACCUCUCCCCCCAGAGGCAUACCUUGACGAACAGUUUAAGCAGGAUGCUACUGCUGCUUCUGCUGCUUUAAAUGGUGGCUCCAAUGGUCUUCCCCCACGCUCUCAUUCGGCUGCCGGUAAUUUUUGUGGUUCAUCAUCUUCUUUCUCAGGGUUCUUCCCCCCCACCGGUCCCGUGCAUGCAGGGUCCAAUGUCUCAGCAGACUUUGCACCAGCUGGAACUUCUGCAGUUCCACCAUUCAUCCCACAGCGAGCUCCUAGUCGUCGCAUGCAACAACAACGACCAUACUCAUCACGCUUAUACUCAACGGCCAGUAUUGAAGAGAGCGAGGAAGAGGCCCUCUAUGCUGAAACUAAUCAAAAGUCAAACAAACAAGUUAUGAAUUCAAAAAGCUUGCGCGGCCAGACGAUGUCGUUGUCUUCUUCUUCCUCUUCUUCCUCUUUGGCUUAUAAUACCCAGACAUACAGUUUAUCGCGCAGCAGUCUGCUUUCAGAAGAGGCAUUACCGUCAAAUCACUCGAUUCAAAACCUGCAGCCGACGGACAUUGCAGCUCGUCGUUUGGGUGCCAGAUCCGCAACUAAUGGCGUCAACCGGAGCAGUAGCAUUCGAAGCCGCAGAAGCAUUGUUUCUGGCCGUAGCAGUACUGGCAGUGGUAUUAAUGGAAGCGGUGUUUACGCGCAGGUUUCACAAGAAGGUCUCGUUAAGAACUAUAAUCGCUCGUUAAGAUCAGAUUCUUUGGACUCUAAUUCUUCAUAUAAAGCUGGCCUCUCGCCCUCCACUGCAUUUUUUACUCCAAGUUCGUCUUUCUCUGCUCUCCCUAACUCUAACCGUCACUUGUCUAACCAGACUUUGACUUCUUUGGAUUCCAAUUAUUAUUCUGUUGAUUAUCACGACUCUUUUUCUUCCUUUCAAAACCAUAACCAUAACCAUUCACAAGCUUCUGUUUCUUCCACUGUUUCUUCUUUACCUUCUCCAAACAAGCUUACAAGUUCCACUGGUACUUACCAUUAUCCAUCUGCAACCUCUGACUACCGUCCUUCUCGUCGGGCUCCAGCUCCUCCAAAAAAGUCCAUUGCACCUGCUGUCACCCCUGAAACACCUACUGCACUAGUUACCACACCAACCACCACCACUAGUCAACUAGACCAAAAGGCUAAGCCUUCCAACCCAUUCUCACCUGAACGAGAACCCCCUGAAUCCGAUAUUGAGGAAGCUGCAGACACGGUUGAACGCCUUUCACCUGUGACCAAUUCCAUCAACAAAAAGCGGAGUCUUCUUUAUAACAACUCUACAAACAUUUCUAGCCAGUUUCACUUCCAGGCGACUCAGUCUGAACAGUCCGAAAUGUUUUUUCACAACUUGCUGCCCAAGUCUUUGAGAAGCAGCUCUAAUGCUUCCAAGUCUGUGUAUGCCCAAAAUACAACAACAACUAAUGGCAACACCACCACCCACCGCCUUUUUAAGUCUUCGGCUGCUGAAUACCAACAAGAGAUUUCUUUGGGUCUCAAUCUCAGCCAGGCUCCCAACACACCACCCAAGAAGAACCGCAUCGAGGUGCUCGAGGAGACCCCACGGGUCGAGUCUCCUACUUCUUCUCCGUCUAGCUCACCUGCUGGGCUUGGUGUAUUUGUGGGUGCGUCGUCGUCGCCAUCUGGAUCCACAAGUUCGUCACCUGCGUAUGCUGCGGCUACCGCAGCUGCAGCCGCAUCGUCAACUUCGUCGUCACCCGUUUCUGUACCCGAAACCCCAUCGACAAGUGCUUCAACCGUGACACCUAAGUCGUCUCGUUUUUCGCAAAACUUUUCUAUUCGCCGGAGGUUGAGCGGCCAUGACUCGAUGGAAGCUGGUGGACAUCGCAGUAAUGAAGUUCUGGCCAUGUUUAAUGGGCUUUUGGGUCACAAGCAGCAGCAGCAACAGCAACAGCCGCACAGCCAUUCCACAGGUGGUGGUAUUGCUUUUGUGGAUGCAGAUGAGAUGCCUUCUGCAUCCACAAAAGCAACAUUUGUUCCCACUACCACCAACAUUGUGUCUUUUCCUUCUUCUUCUUCUCAGAAUGACAAGCAAGUAUCUCAAGAUGCCGUUGUCAAAGAUAAGGUUUUGCAAGCGCCUCCUGCUACUUUUGAAGGUGAGACAGUGGGAUUAAACAAAAGAGAAACACCUAGAAAAGGCAAAGUUACCAGAGUCAGCAAGUCUCUGGCUGACAAGAGCUUAGAUCUAAACUCAAACUUUGAUACUUUAUCUCAGGGCCCCUUGGUUCGUCGCCAACAACAGCAGAUUUCCCAAGGCCGUCAUCAUCAACAACCUGUCAAGGAAGUUCGUUUCUCGACUUGCGAAGACGUUGUUAUUUCUAGUAACAUGGGUUACAACAAUGAUCAUGAUGAAUCUUGCAGAAACUUGUUGAAGCCAAUGGUCAACCGUCAUCACUCGUUCCCAAGCACCAGCAGCAGCCAUUAUAGCGACAAUGAAGAAAAAGAAGAAGAAGAAGAUGAUGAACCCAUUGUCUUGAACAGUGUUCACCGUGCCCCUUUGGGCCCCUCUUCUCUGGUCCCAUUGGCGGCUACCUCCUCUUCUCCUGUCUUCUCCAAGACUCCCUCUCCGGCAUCUUCAUCUUCAUCUUCUUCAUCUUCCCAUACCACUCCUCCUAGCUCUGUUUCUUCUGCUGGUUCUCCCACUUCAGAGCUCGUUCAAACAACAAAGGCCCUAACACUUUCUUCAAUCGAGUCUCCGUCCCCUGUUAUUGUCCCUCCUCCACGCCGCCGCAGACGCGAUAUUGCUACCACUACUUGGGCCUGUGACUACCUUGUGUCUUCUUCUAUGUCUUCUUCUCGAAGCUCUGCAUCUUCUGCUACAAUCACAGCAUCUUCUUCUGCAGACAAAUUUUUAAGCCAAGAAUUUCAGUCUACUGAAUCAUCUAGCUCUACCGUCAUGGCUGGCGCUCCAGUGAUUCCUCCCAGAAGUGCUAACCGCGCACUCCAUGAGAACCGCGUUAAGAGUGUAGUUUGCCAGAGCCGUUCUUCCCAGUCUUCAAUGACGCUGGCGUCCAGGAGACCCCAAGCAAUGUCCUUGUCUGCUUCCAAUCCACUUCCUACCAAGAUUGGUAACAACUACCUUGAUAAACUUGAUCAAAUUUACUCCAACAUGCCUGAGCCUCUUUUCCCUCCACCUUCUACAGGUGCUAGUGUUGGGACUUCUGUUUCUCCUUUACACAUCAUUAAGAAGCACAAGUCGUGCACAGCUCUUGGAUUCCGUGAGAAAACCGGUUCCAUGCAGCAGCAGAAGCAGCAGGUUCCACCCGUUCCUUAUAUUUCACGGGCCACUAUUGAGGAACUUGAGAGCUGUGCUCCUGUUUCUUCUUCUUCUUCUUCAAUGCCCAGAAUUCCUCCUCGUUCUCGCAGUUACGUUCCACCACCUACUUCGUAUUCUUGUGAUGAGACUACGGACAGCGACGAUGGGCGCCAGUCUGCAUGUGCCAGCUACGAUGCGUCGUCUUCUUCUGAUAAGGAAAUGAAGAGCGACAGCCACUCUGCAGUUUCUUUGACGUUGACAAGCCCACCGUCAUCUCCUCCCAAGAAUUUCGAAAGCCAGCCUCGCCCUGCAGGUGUGGAUGCUACAGCUUCUACAGCUUCUGCAGCUUCUACCACUGUAGCACCUCCAUUAGUGGCUGCGGCUGAAUCUGCGACUUCGUGCUACACACAGAGCAGUUUAAGCUCUUGCAACAGCAUUACUGCCACGAGCGAUCUGAGACCUUUGGGUGUCUACGGGGUAGACCGGAAUGGGUAUUUUGCGGAUGUUGAAGAGGAGGGAGAGGAGGAGGAGAAAAAAGGCAAGCGUGAGUGGAAUGGAGAAAAUCAGUACGUGAAGAAGAAAAACGCGGCGCCGCUUGGAAUUAUUUACCCCGAACAUUCUUUAGCCCACCACAAACAUAACGGGUUUGAAUUUUUGGCUGUUGGCUCUUCUUCUUCUUCUUCUGCUUUUGAUUUUGCUUCUUCUUCUUCUUCUUCUUACUCUCCAAAUCUCUCUGAACCAAUUUCUCAAAUGUACCCGACUUCCUACCAACAGCGCACAAGCAAUGAUACCCUGGCCUCGUCCAACCGGCUCUCCACUCGAUCCAUGGAUGAGGUUGUCAAAUCGUUCAUCUCUGAAGACCUUGCGUGCCUUGACUCACUUGGAAACAAUAUUGAACCCCUGACCAUUGAUCAGUCAUACUUCAUCAAACUACAACAACAACAACAACAACAACAGCUCUAUGAUCAGGCAAAGGAGUCUGCUCCUACUACCCCUCAGACUCCCCAGACCCCUACUUUUUCAUUUUUCCCAUUCAAGUCGUCCUCAGCGUCUCAAACACCCAGAUCGACAGCCAGCCGGCCUCCCUCGCAAGCUACUUGGAAUUCAAAUACACUUAGCCAAGCUGACAAGGAGCGACGAUCCAGCACACCUCUUUCUUUUGUGUUUGGACGAAGAAAGUCGCGUGAUAAUCUUCGAUCUCCUCAAAUUGGUUCAGAUAAUCAUAAUCCUUCUGAUACAGAAGAAAUUAGCUUCAAUGGCACUUACCAUUCAUCAGCAAGUGACAAUGAUACUACUUUGAAUACAAUUCCAAGCUCAGUUCUUCACACUACAAGAUCUGAGCCAAUGCAAUUCUCCAAGUAUCCAGAAGUUUUGGGGGCUCACAUUCCAGGCACAUCCCCUCUGAUGGAAGCAACAGGAUUCAUUCGCCAUGUUGACAGUGACGGGCUGGAUGACAGUGAUGACGAGGAAGUAGAUGAUGACAUUACGCGCAACAACAUUUCUUUGGAUAAGGAAUACAUGCUGCGGACUCCUCCUAGCACCACGCCUCUCAAAACGUUUGCUCCAGAGCCGGUCUCUGCUAACACAAUGGCCGGGUAUAGCCCAGAGUCCCAUUACUUGUCUUCACCAGGCUAUCAGACUGAGUCGUCUUUGGAUAAUCAGCACUCGGUCAAGAAGCGCAUGUCUGUGGCUUCACGGUUACGCAUGUUUGGGCGGAAGAAGAGCACUGUUGGCUUAGUUUGA